AUGGCCGUCCGAACCGCCUCCCAACGACUCCUCCUCCUCCGCCACACACACACUCAGCUCCCCACCCCCGCCCUCUCCCGCCGCGCCUUCAUCUCCCUCCCCGGCUCCUCCCCCCAGAGCCUCGUCGCGACCCGGACCCUCCCCUACGCCCGCGAGCCCCUCUACGAGCUCAUCGCAGACGUCGACUCCUACUCGGCCUUUGUCCCCUACUGCUCGCACUCCCGCGUCACCCAAUGGUCUCCGCCAGACGCCUCCGGCCGCCGCUGGCCCGCGCUCGCCGACCUGCACGUGGGCUGGGGCGGCUUCGACGAGGUCUUCACGAGCCGCCUCCGCUGCGUCCCUGGCGUCUCCGUCGAGGCCCGUAGUGGCGGCUCCGCUGGGGACGGCCCUGCCAAGGACGCUUCGUCUGUCUUCAAGACCCUCGAGACGCUGUGGUACUUGACGCCAGUUGCCCGCCAGUCUGCAGCAACGCCCUCCACCGAGGUCCGGCUCACGAUCCAGUUCGAAUUCGUCAACCCUCUCUAUGCCGCGGUCAGCGCUGCUGUGUCUGACAAGAUCGCGGGCCUCAUGAUCGAAGCCUUUGAAAAGCGAGUGCACCACAAACUAAGCGCUCAGCAGCGCCUGUAG